CACCGAUCAGUUGCGAGUCCAGCGAUGGAGGAGCAGGAUGUGCGUCGCGAGUGCUCCGCGUCUCGUCUGAAUUUCGUGCGCGAGUAACGCGAAUAAACGGGAGUGCAAGUAUCCGCUCGACGUGGAGUUUCGCGAGUGUUCCAGCAUCUCCAGGAUUGCCCGAGUAUCGGAGAAAAUGUCCGAGAAGCGCGAAUUCAUAAAAAUCGGAAAAAUUUAAAUUGUGGGGGAGUGGCGGCCACUGACGGCCGUUGCUUGAGAUAUUGUGAUGCCGAGACUAUCCGUAACACUCGGUGGCGCGCAAGUGUCACUCCGCCAUGACACUUUCCGCUCACUUCACGAUGUCACGGAAAGACGCGGCGCGCCGGGAGAUGUCACCAUAAGUUAUAGAUGUCAUGAAUUAAUUUAAGGGUAUUUCGAUGGGUCUAAUGUGAUUAAUAUUCGGACGCUCGCUUUUCCGGAAUCGGAAAAAUAUAUUUUUUCAACAGAUAUUUUGUUCGUGUUUUUAUUCGCGAAUGCGAUAUCGAAUGUGAUCGAGCGGGAUCGAAAAUGCCGAAUGUAUUCGCGAGUGAUCUUUUUUUUUUCGUAUCGUCCAUUUAUUUCGAAGUGCAUCUGUGUGCAUAGUGAAGUGCGAUAAAUAAUUAUUGCAAAUAUAAAAUAAUAGAAAAAACAGUGCAGUGAUCAGUGCCAAAUCAUAUGGGAUUAAAGCAGAGCAGUAGUGGAAUAUUAAAGCGGAUAUAUUAAAGCAGAGAGAUUUAGAUCAUUGACUCAACGCAAUACUUGACACCUUGAAUCUACAGGAGAUAGUGACACGGUCUGUCCAAGAAACUAAACGUCUAUACCUUUGAAAAUACAAGUUUAACAAAAAAGUGAAAGAGCAGUCUAUCUAUAUAACGAUAUAGUGGUGUGUUUAAAUUUUUGAACACUGCCUUUCUUUUGAAAAUAUUUAACGCGUUAUGAUUCCUAAGAUGAACAAGAAUCGAUCGUUCAUCGCGCUUUUGAUAGGCUGCAUUAUAUUUAACAUUUGCGUCAACGCUUGGAAUAAUCACAACAGACGUAGGAUUGCAAAUAGAAGACGAUUAUGGCAGAAAAAUGAUGCUGCCAUUUCGAUUGAAGAAAUGGCGAAACGUAAGUGGGAGUCGCCGAAAUUUCAAAACAAUGAUCGGACUCAUAUUGCCAGAGAGAAAAGACUGUUCUCGCUGUUCACAUUGGUGAAAUUCGACAAUAGCGUCUGCGGUGGAUUAGAUGGAGAAAACGGCACGUGUGUCGCAGCGGCAGAAUGCGUACAACGCGGUGGAAUCUCCAGCGGUGUCUGUGCAAACGGUUAUGGGGUGUGUUGCAUAGUCACGGUGUCUUGCGGCGGUAUGACUUCUGACAACAACACAUACUUUGUCAAUCCAAAUUAUCCAUCCACUUUUGACAUCGUGGAAUCCUGUCAAGUGACGCUAGUAAAAUCACAUCCGGAUGUGUGUCAAUAUCGAUUAGACUUUGAACAGUUUAAUAUCAGGGGUCCGGAAACGACAAAUAAUGUUUGUAUUUACGAUCAAUUUAUCGUUUCCGGUGGCAAUCCGGUACCAACGAUAUGCGGUAACAAUAAUGGAAAUCACAUGUACGUAGAUACAGGCAUUGGACAAACUAAUCCGGUAACUUUGACUUUUGUCACGAGUGGUAACUCAUUUUCACGAUCGUGGAAGGUUCGCAUUUCGCAGAUACGAUGCAGUACGAUAUAUCGAGCCGAAGAAGGCUGUCUCCAAUAUUUCACUGGGGUUUCCGGUCAAAUAAAAUCUUUUAAUUACGAUCCGACGACUGGAUUGCAAUUGUCAAAUCAAGAUUACAGUAUAUGCAUAAGAAUGGAGAGAAACUUUUGUGGAAUUCAAUAUAUGGCGUGUACUGACGAUGCUCAAGGAAUGAUACCUAUCACGACAGGAAUAUCGGGUCCAAUAAUACGUAAUAAUGCAUUUACGCUAACAGGAAACACGCAGAAUACGCAAAUAGCAUCAAUGACGGGAGCAUCUUGUUUGACCGAUUGGUUAUCGAUUCCAUGCGCCAUCAAUUUGGGCCGGAUGCCCACGACGCCACUGAUAUGCGUUGAUCGAUUAUGUGGCGGUACCUUCAAUUCGGAAACUCAGAAUUGGAACACGUCGUCUGUUAUCAGUACCGUGAAGCCGUUCCGAUUAAUUUUUCACACGGAUAGUACCGAGGCACCAAGUGAUGUCGGAAAUAAAGGUUUCUGUCUUAAUUAUGUGCAACAACCUUGUACAACAAAAUUAAAAUAAAGAUCAUUGUAAAGUUAAGUCAAAUUAAAGGAAUAAUAUAUACAUAGGUUUGUGGAA